ACAUAUGUAUGUAUUGAUUAUCAACUUGGCACUCGUAUUCUGAAUUUUAUUUAUAAUUUUCAUUGCUUAUUUAUUUCAUACUUUGGAUAAUAGUAGUUAAAUUAAAAUUAAAAGUAGAUAAAAUUAAAGGACAGAUUGUAGAGAGCCUUCAUCACACUGUCAAUACAAGAUACGGAUAUAGUGACCAACGACAAUGCUUUCGUCAUAAAGUAAUUGAAUUUUUGUUUCAUAAAACAAAAUUGUCAUCAAAUAAUUUCAAAAUAAUGUUAAUUUUGCCACGAUUGAAUUACUUGGCAUCGUAUUGUUUUUUGAAGACACAACAUAUCAUUUUAGUCAAUAUUGUAUUAUAAAGAAUUUUUAUUACAAUUAAUGUUUUAAAAUUUUAAGAAAGCAUACCAUCACUGGGUACCAGUUGAGAUGAAAAACAUUCCACCCUGCAGAAAUGAUCCACUGGUUACAAAAUUGGAUAAUCCUUUAUUUCAUUCAUUGUUUACACCAGAAUUAAACAUUUUAGCAAAAUUAUUUAAAAAACGAAAUUAUGAAAUAAGAAUUGUUGGUGGUGCUGUCAGAGAUAUUCUUAUGGGUAAAACCCCAACAGAUCUGGAUUUUGCAACAGAUGCAACUCCAGAUGAAAUGAAAAAUAUGUUUGAAGAAGAGCAAAUUAGAAUGAUUAAUAAUAAAGGAGAAAAACAUGGUACAGUGACCCCAAGAAUCAAUGACAAGGAAAAUUUUGAGGUAACUACUCUCAGAAUUGACGAAGUUACAGAUGGUAGACGUGCUAAAGUUAAAUAUACAAAAGAUUGGAAAUUAGAUGCCCUUCGUAGAGAUUUUACAGUAAAUUCCAUGUUUCUUGAUUUUGAGGGAAAUGUAUACGAUUACUUUUUUGGUUUUGAUGAUCUACAAAAAAAACAAAUUGUAUUUGUUGGAGUUCCAACACUCAGAAUCCAAGAAGAUUAUCUUAGAAUAUUUAGAUAUUUUCGGUUUUAUGGAAGAAUUACAGAACAAGCAGAUGCCUAUAAUGAACCAGCAAUAACAGCAAUAAAAGAAAACGUACAGGGUCUAGAAAUAAUAUCAGGUGAAAGAAUUUGGAGUGAAUGGUCGAAAAUUCUUUCUGGGAAUUAUGCAAAGGAGUUGACAUUAAAAAUGUUGGAAUGUGGUAUUGCAAAAUAUGUUGGAUUACCAGAAAAUGUGGAUACAAAAAGGUUUGAAACUGUUUAUGAUAAAUGCAAAGAAAACAAUGUUUCUUUGAAUGCAAUCUCCUAUGUUGCUCUGAUGUUAAAAGAUGUAGAUGAAGCGUUCAAUCUUCAUAAAAGAUUAAAAUUGUCUGCAUUCGAAAGAGAUUUAGCAUCAUUUUUAGUCAGUUUCAAGGAAAGCAGACCAUCAGAAAACCUAAAAUAUUAUAAACGUAUUCUUGUUCAUUGGAAAGGAAACACAAAUUAUUGCAAGGCUUUUAUUUGUGAACUACUUAGGUGCAAACUACUUUUUAAUUAUGUUGCAGAAUUUGAAAAAUUUGCACUUCCUAGGUUUCCAAUUAGUGGACACAUGCUGAAACAAGAGAUUAAAAAGGGCAAAAUAAUGGGUAUAGUUAUUAAAGAACUAAAAGACAUUUGGUUGGAUGCAAAUUUUGAAAUCGAUACAGAAAAAUUGCUUCAAGAAGUUCCACGAAUUGUUAGUGAAAUAGAAGAUAAACAAUGAUGUGAAUAAACACCAUAAAUAAAACAUCGUUUUUGAUUUUUUAAA